CAACAACGUCAUAUUGCACAUCCGUCUGUAGGCGUCAGUAUAGUGCAACCACAUACACGGAGAACCGCCAUUAAUCAGCAGCAGAAGAACAACAAGCAACUGCGAUAGUUCUUGCAAACUUCCAGGCAUGGCGGAAAAGAAAAUAGCAGUCCGCUCGCAGGACCCGAACCAGCGGCGCGUACUGGACAGCGCCACGCGGCAGCGCCGUUUGACCCGCCAGCUCGAGGCUCUCGAGAAAGACAACUUCCAGGACGACCCUCACGCGAGCCUCCCUCAGCUGGUCAAGCGGCUGCCGCAGUUCGACGAGAGCAACGAAUCCGGUAACGAACCAAGCAAGCGGAGGAAGAAGACAAGGGGUGAUCAUUUUAAACAGAGGUUCCGCAAAAACUUCCAGACUCUUUUGGAGGAGGAGGACUUGAGUGUCAGCGAAGGUCCAAACUAUCUGACUGCCUGUGCUGAGCCCUCUAAGCUUCCUCAGAGGCAUUUCUGUGCAGUGUGUGGCUUCCCUUCAAACUACACCUGUGUGUCGUGUGGAGCUCGCUACUGCUGUGUCCGAUGUUUAGGAACGCACCAUGAGACCAGGUGUCUGAAAUGGACAGUGUGAUUUUGUCAUCUGCGCUGAACUGCGUUCAAGCAAAACAAGCUUAAAAUUUGGGUAAUUUUAUGAUCAUUUUAUGCUCGUUUUCCAGUGUCAAGUGUUUCCCCAAAAAUAUCUGCAUUUUUACCACAGUCAGUAUUUUGACAGGGAUUUAUCCAUGGAUGCAAAAAUGUCUUCUAAAGUAAACAAAACUAUAAUAAUUUGAUCAAAUAGAUCAAAUGUGUCAAAACAAGGGACGUUAUGUUACGGGUAUUCUAAUUAGAUAAUUUAUGGCAAAUUAGCUUUUGCUUGUUGAAUAUAUGCAGAUUUGCAAAGGGAAAAAAAUUGGCAAAAGUGACAAAACCAUACUUUGCUGGUACAAGCAUCCAAUAAGUUCUUACAUAAUUAAAUUACAUAUUCGUGUAUUUCCGAUUUAUUAUAAUAAAGGAAAGCUGCUUGUAAAAUGUUUUUUAUGUAGAGGUUUGUACCUAAAUACAGUUGAUGAGUAAGUAAAACUGUAAUGUAAAUAUGUGUACAGUAUGUUAAUAACCUAUUGUGUAAAAACAAAUAAAUCUAGAAAUUAUAAAAA